UAUGUAUCACAAUGUAGCCUGUAGAACGCCAUGCGUUUCUUUUUACAUUUCACGGCGACCACUAGCACUCAAAAAGUACCCUGCUUGAUUUUGCUACUGUUCAAGUUUGUGCAUUUCGGAUUUCGUUUUGUCAGUUUGCUCGAACAACCGGUUUAGUGGCUCCAACUUCUCAACAGAAACACAAAAAACAGCACCGUUGGAUCUAACGUCAACCGAUCCAACGCACAAAAAUGCGAAUGUUGGCUACCAUGGUUGGCUUGGUCGAGCCGACACUUGUCACAAACGGUAAUACCAACGUCAUAAUUGUAAUUAAGAGAAUAGAUUCUCAGACAUCGGAGGCUGGGAAGGGUAGACCAUGGUAGACGAGUAAACUCCUCAAAGUCAGAGUAGACUGGGUAGACGGGGAGUUGUUGAUUGGCUGCGUGUAUAAGCAUUACAUAGACAGGAAAAUCUGUGGAUUGAACUUAAUAUGUCGUGCUGUGCAAUUCAUAGGAUGGUAUAUUAAAAGUGACGUGUAAUAUAGGAUAAUGCAAUUUGGUUUGAAAUUUAUGAUUGAAAAUGGGAACUGUUCACGCAAAGCAAAGUGAUGCACCCCGAUCAGAAAAACUAAAAACUCAUCCCAAUCCUAAUGAAGAUUCACAUCAUAGAUCACAGAAGAAAAGAGUUACAUUGGAAGGAAUUAGAGCUCGAGUUGAUAAAAUUCAUGUUGAUGGUUUGGGAAGAACCAAAGAUGAUAUCAUAAUCGAGACAGUUAGAGAACUCUUCAAAGCUCAAGAUUUUCAAGAUGUUAUUGUUGGUGCUCACACAGUUAGAUCCCGUUUGGAGGCUUUAGGUUGUUUCCGAAAUAUAGGUGUUUUCAUUGACACAAGUUCUGGGCCAGAUUCAACUCCUGAAGGACUAGAGGUUACCUUUCAUGUUCAUGAAUUAAAAAGAAUUGUAGGGGGUGUCAAUACUUUGGUUGGAAACAAUGAAGGUUCUGUGGUAGUAGGACUGCGAAUGCCCAACUUAUUCGGUCGAGGAGAAAAGUUAGCAACAGAAUACAGCUAUGGAUCAAAAAGGACCACUGGUUUUAAUGUCUGUCUUAGCAAACCACUACGAGGAAAAAUGCAUUCAGUGUUUUCUACAUCAAUAUUUCAACAUGGCUCAGAGUGGCCUCCAUCUGGAUACAAACAGAUAGAACGAGGGUUGCUGUUCGAUCUUGGAUUUUCCUCUGCACCUAAUGUGAAGCAUAAUCUGCAGUGGGAAGCAUCUUGGCGUGACCUUUCAUGUUUAACUAGAUCAGCAGCAUUCGAAGUGCGAGAACAGUCUGGACCUACUCUAAAAUCAUCAUUACGUCACAUACUAUGUGUUGACCGGCGAGACCAACCAAUUUUUCCAUCUACUGGAGCAUAUUUUCAACUUACUACUGAAUUUGCAGGCCUUGGGGGCAAUGUGGGAUUUUUUAAAAAUGAUUUGACACUUCAAGGAAACUGGCCUGUCCUGAAUGAUGUGGUUCUUCAAGGUGCAAUACAAGCAGGUUUUCUGAAGAGAUUAACGAAUGACCAAAUAGUUAGUAUAUGUGAUCAAUUUUUCCUAGGUGGCCCAUUGAACUUGAGAGGCUUUGAUUUUCGAGGUGCUGGGCCACACAGUGAUGGUUUUGCUGUAGGAGCUGAUGCUUACUGGGCUACUGCAGUUCAUCUGUAUUCUCCGUUACCUUUCCUGUCGACACGAGGUGCUUUUGCUGAUCUUUUUAGAACACACAUAUUUGUUAAUGCUGGAAAUGUUGGAAAUUUCAACUUAGGUGAUGAUUAUCAUGAAAAUUGGAAAAUUCUCUCAAAGGAUUUUCGAAUGGCUUAUGGGUUGGGUUUAGCACUGAGGCUCGGUCAAAUGGCACGUGUAGAACUGAACUAUUGCAUACCUGUGCAAAUUAGAAGAGGUGAUCAGCCCGUGUCUGGGGUGCAGUUCGGCAUUGGAGUGAAUUUUCUCUAGUCACUACAAUAUUACAGGAGCUACAGUUGCCUUAGAAGAAACAGCAAUGGAUGCCAAUGGAACAUGACAUUCACAGUCUAGGAAAUUGAACUGUCCAUCAUGCAUUUUUAAAUACUGUAAUGUAAAAUGAUUAAGUUCUUUUGACCCUUACAUUAAUUCUCUUAUUUUCUUAUGUUUUUAAAAUACUUGCUUUCAUGCUAGGUAUUGUGCAGCUACAAAAAUUUACAAUCAAAAAGCGAUUAUUGAUGUAUUACAUCAGUUUUAUUUCAUAUUCUUGCAAUGCAUUCUGACCUAUUCCUAGUAUGUGAAUAGCUCCAUGGCAUCUAUAUUGUACAAUGUGUUUUAAUUGGUUUCAUGCUGUAUUAGUUUGUUAUAUUUUGAAAUACUUUACGUAAAAAAAUGGUAAGUAAAACUAGCUUGUAUUAAUUUUAUUACCCAAGUAUUUAUUGACAACAAGAGCCCAGCUGUGCCUCAAAGGUUCUACCAGAUCCAUCCCCAAGGAUGCUUAUGAGGUUUGUGGAGGCAAGGGUCCAAAAUUCCCAGACCUCAACUCCUAGACAGAUUGAUGCGGUUGACUCUUGGGAAGGAAGUAGUACCCGCUUAUUGAACAAAGUAAAUAACACUGGGUAGGGGAAAGAAUUUUCAUGACGUAAAAGUUCUUACCUUCCUUUAUUUAUUACCACAGUUCUAACUUAAAUAUUGAAAUGAAUUUUGUCAAGAAAGGAAGGUAGCAAGUAGUCUUCUAUCCCUUUCAGGGGUGGGUAUGGUCCCCAUGCUUGCACUUCUAUGGUACCGCCAGAACUGGUUACUUAUCCGCCAGAUUCUGCUUAAUGUACAGACGUGUGGAAGUUAUUAGAAUAAUUGAAAAAACAAACCAUAAUUUACUUUUGAAAUAUAUUGAUCACAAUUUAUCAAUACACGAUGCCUUCUUUACAACUUCGGGUGCAUUCCUUUGUUCUUUAUAACCAUUUGUAUCCUUUUGGCAUGCUUUCCACAAGGUCCUUGCACAUUUUCUGAAUUUGUUCAUCAUGAAACUGUAUGUCUAUGAUGUUUACAAUAAAGCCAAUUCUGGUUGGUAUUGUUUUCUUCAAUCUUGACUUAACAAUUUGCUAUAAACUUGACCCCCCCAAUUGGGUUGCAGUCUGAGCUAUUACCAGGUCAAGGCAAUGUCUUUUAUUUUUUCACUAAAUAUUUCUCAACAGACUUGGUAUAAUGUCAUGGUUUUCCAUCGUGCGUAAAAUGCAAUCUUUUUCAGGAAACCAAUCUCUGAUCUGAGGCAACAGGCGGGUUUGACGCACCUUUUUGUAAAAUUCUGCUCAAUUGGGCCCUCAACAGUGUCUCAUCUGUCACAUCCAUGAACUGACAUGCAACUCCAUAUUAUAACUGAAUUUUUGAUUAUGUGAGUGAUACAAUUUGGAGAAAACGCCUCAUCAAGGGCAAUUCUCAUGUACGGGCGCUUUUCUCGGACACAGAAAAUAUGGACUUGUCUGGCAAUAUUACCUGCAAGAUAAUUAGCACUAAUUAUAAUGACUUUUCAAAAUAAUAUUUGAAAACUACAGAAUAUAAUCCGUAGUCUCUGUAAUGAAUUUCUGAAAAAGUUUGAAAAAUUCCACUUUCUCUGAAGUUACCUGUUAGAAAACAGUAAAUAAUGAAAUAUAUCUUUCUUCUUCCGUUUUCUCAACUGAUAUUAGCAUUCUGCGUUCUUUUGCCCAUUUCAGCCAUUUCUUAGCCAUGGUAAGAGUUAUUUUUACUUUAUUUCUUGACCUUGCAGGACUUCCUGUGACACAUUCUUCUUACAAUUGAUAGGAUAUUUAAACUCCAUUCGAUUUAAGUUGAUUUCUCAAGUUCUUACUGGUGUUCCUUCUAUUCAUCUAGCCUUUUGAAUCAAUUUUUGUUGCAUAUGAGUACUCAGUUUGGGUUUUAACCACAUUUUCACUUACAUUUGUGGUCUCGUCUAAUUUCAAUGCAGAACUGAACCAAUACUUGUGAAAGAUUCAAUUUUCUAGCAUUAUUUUAUUGGAAAUAUCUGGCUUUCUUUAUUAAAUAUUCAGUCAAAGCCCUUUUACAGACCGAAAAGUAUGUAUUUUUUUCCCAUAACUGCAGCUUUGUAAUUAGAAGCAUCUUCAGUUCACCGCUUCAAAAACUCUCAAACACUCCUAGGCUUAAAUUCUGGCAUAGAAACGCAACACUUGACGAGAAAAAACAAUUCAACAAUUGCUACAGCAUCAGCUGUUUUGAUAUACAGCACCUCAAUCAUUUUAGAGAAAUAAAUUAUCCUCGGAUAUCCCAAAGACAUUCAGUGAAGAGAAUGAACCAAAGACGGAAUAGCAGGUUGAAACAAACUUUACAUUCAGAUAUAAGGGAAAAACACCAAAUUCAUAAAUUAUUCUAAUAAUUUACACAUGUCUGUAGUGACUUUAAAAAAAUUAUGUUAUAAAUAUU